CGAAUAUAUACGUAUGAGUAUUAAUAACUGAUAAUCACUCAUCCCAAAGGCUUUUGAUUCUUUCAAAACUGUGUUUUUUGUUUUUGAUUUCAUGGAAUAUAGCAAGGAAGUUGAAGGGAAAAGAGUCCAUGAUCCUUUUAACAAGUGUAUGACGACGACUACGGUAUCCAAGUGUAUAUGGGUACCGUAUCCUGUUAUUAUCGGUGCUGGCCCUUCGGGUCUAGCCACUGCGGCUUGUCUCAAACAAGGAGGCAUCCCUAGUUUGAUCCUCGAAAGGGCAAACUGCAUCGCUUCGUUGUGGCAGCUAAAAACCUACGAUCGUCUUCGCCUUCAUCUUCCGAAGCAAUUCUGUGAGCUACCCUUUAUGCCUUUUCCCGAUAGUUUCCCAACUUAUCCUACGAAGAAACAGUUCAUGUCUUAUUUGGAGUCGUACAAGGACCAUUUCGGUCUAGAACCUGUUUUCAACAAGACGGUUGUGAGAGCCGAAUUCGAUCGCCGAUGCGGGUUUUGGCGGGUUAAGACACUGGGACUGAAACAGGAUGAAACCGAGUAUGUGUCGAGGUUUUUGGUGGUGGCGACCGGGGAGAAUGCAGAUGAAGUGGUGCCGAAGAUUGAUGGAAUGGAUGAUUUUGGUGGACCGAUACUUCACUCGAGUUCGUACAAAAGUGGCCGAUUAUUCCGAGGGAAAAAUGUUUUGGUUGUCGGCUGUGGGAAUUCGGGCAUGGAGGUUAGCUUGGAUCUCUGCAACUGUGAUGCUCACCCAUCACUCGCCGUUAGAGGCUCGGUGCACGUCUUGCCUCAUGAGAUGUUUGGCAUAUCAACUUUCGGAUUGUCCGUGUGGUUGCUCAAGUGGUUUCCCGUGCGCCUUGUGGAUCGAUUUUUACUUUUCGUUUGUCGUUUCAUGCUCGGAGACACCGAGAAGGUCGGCCUUCACCGUCCCAAGAUUGGCCCUCUCGAACUCAAGAGCCGAUAUGGGAAAACACCAGUUCUGGAUGUUGGGACACUGGCCAAGAUCAGGAGUGGAAAUAUUAAGGUCUAUCCAGGAAUAAAGCGAAUAACAUACCAUGCCGCAGAAUUUGUAGAUGGGACAAAUGGGAAUUUUGAUGCCAUUAUCUUGGCCACUGGUUACCAGAGCAACGUACCGCAAUGGUUAAAAGAUAAAGACUUGUUUUCAGAGAAAGAUGGUAUGCCUCGGGAGCCAUUCCCGAAUGGUUGGAAAGGUGAAUGUGGACUGUAUGCCGUAGGGUUUACCAAGCGUGGUCUGCUGGGUGCCUCUUUCGAUGCAAAAAAGAUAGCUCAAGAUAUUGCUCUUCUAUGGAAAUUUUAUUAGUCGGAAUUUAAUCUGAUGGGCAUCAAAA